GGCAGUGGUGACAGGUGGGUACUGGACAGACACGUAGCACACACUACAAGGGCUGCACAGAGACCUCACACCACUACCUCUCGACUUUAUCGGACAAUACACUCAGAACUAUGGUACUGCCAGCGGGCAACUCAGCAGACACCUCUGCUCUUCUGACAUAGGAUAUCAGACAAGUCAGCAGCUAUAGAUCAGUUGUCGAAGACUGUACUUAACGUUAGUGUGACUGUCAGAUACAGUGAACUAGAGAGCAGCCAUGGACACCGUCCACGCCUAUGGGGUUAGCACCACACGAUACCUCCAGACUCACUACAGGGACACUCAGAGCUGGUUCCUGUUUGUUUCCAUGGCAGCUGACCUGCGGAACACCUUCUUUGUCUUCUUCCCUGUGUGUUUCCACCUGCGGGAAUCAGUGGGGAUCAAGCUGGUCUGGGUGGCUGUGGUGGGAGACUGGCUCAACCUUAUCUUCAAAUGGAUCCUGUUUGGCGAGCGUCCCUAUUGGUGGGUUCAAGAGACUCCUUACUAUGCCAACUCAUCAGCGCCACAAAUUGAGCAGUUCCCUAUGACCUGUGAGACUAGUCCAGGAAGUCCGUCGGGUCAUGCCAUGAGUGCUGCAGGGGUUUACUACGCUAUGAUCUCAUCACUCCUCGCCAUCCUCCUCAAGGAACACGGGGGUCACAUCAAGAACUGGUGUGUCCGCGGGACCCUGUGGGCUGUCUUCUGGUGUGUGCAGGUGUGUGUCUGCCUCUCCAGGGUUUUCAUUGCUGCCCACUUCCCUCACCAGGUUGUCGCUGGGGUCGUCACAGGCAUCCUAGUGGCGGAGACCUUUGACCGGGUCCACUGGAUCUACAGGGCUAGCCUGAGGCGCUACGUCUACACCACCCUCUCCCUGCUCUCCUUCGCUGUGGGCCUUUACCUGGUCCUCAGGGGCCUGGGGGUGGACCUGCUCUGGACCCUGGACAAGGCCCAGCGCUGGUGCCAGCGGCCCCAAUGGGUCCACAUAGACACUACACCCUUCGCCAGCCUCCUGCGCAACACCGGCACUCUGUUAGGCCUGGGCUUGGGCUUGCACUCGCCCCUCUACGCCGAGGCCCGGAGAGUUGGCGGUGGCGCCACCUACAGGCUGGCAUGUGUGGGCGCCACACUUCUGCUGCUCCACCUACUGGACUCAUUCAGGCCACCAGCCCACACCAGGGCUCUGUUCUACCUGCUGUCCUUCUGUAAGAGUGCCACUGUGCCCCUGGCCACUGUGGGCAUAGUGCCCUACUGCGUGGCCGGGGCAGCGGGACGGAACGGAAAGAAACACCAGUUUUGAACUAAUUUGAACUUAUUGUAAUUCUGUGAGAAAUGCCAUGAAGGGACAGACAGAGGCGGACUGUCAUAGGAGAGGCAGGAAUGUUCACCCCAGUUGAAAGGGCUUGAAGGUCGGUCAAUAGACACUUGUUGCUGCAUGAGGUGGAUGUUUUAUAUUAGAUUUUUUUUCUCUUUUUUUAUCACAUGCACAGAUGUAGUUGCAGUGUACAGUGAAAUUCUUAAGCUCCGAGCUCCAGCAGUGCAGGUGUGAAUGAAACAAUAAAAAAAUAUUAUUAUUA